AUGGGCCGAAUACAGGGACUCAAAAAAGCCAUCAAGCACGAUCCCAAUAUCAGUCGAUUCGUUAGCCUCAACGGCAACUGUUUGCCCAGGUUGCCUAAAGCUUCAGCGAACUACCUGGCCGCAAAGGUGCCCAUAACGCAAUGGAUCACAGGGUAUUCACUGGCAUGGCUGUGGAGUGACCUAGUAGCGGGAGUCACAAUCGGCAUCCUAUUGGUCCCUCAAAGUUUGGCCUAUGCUAAAGUGGCCGAAAUCCCUGCUCGCUAUGGCCUCAUCUCAAGCUGGCUGCCGACCUUGUUUUAUACCAUCAUGGGCACGUCCAAAGACGUGACCGCCGGUCCGACUGCUAUAAUGGGCCUGCUAACAGGACAAAUCGUAACGGAUCUUGUGGCAGAGGGAUAUGAUGCUGGGGCCAUCGCCAGUGCUGCAGCGUUCUGGGUCGGCGUGUAUUCAUUGAUCCUGGGGCUAUUGCGUCUCGGGUUCCUGCUCGACUUCAUUCCUCUCCCGGUUCUCUCAGGGUAUGUCUCCGGCGCAGCAAUCACCAUCGUCCUUCAGCAACUCAAGGGUCUCUUCGGCGAGGGAAAAAGCGCAGACGACACAGCUGGCGUGAUUCGUGUGUUCUUCCAACGCCUGCCCAAUACUAACUGGCGGGCUUUCCUCAUCGGCUUGUCCGGGAUCAUCCUGCUGCUAGGUCUGCAGUACGUAGGUCACAAAUGGGGCAAAUCUCAUCGCAGCUUCUGGUAUCUGUCCAUCGCUCGCAACGCACUUGCCCUCAUCAUCUUCACCCUCAUCAGCUGGGGCGUUAACAAGUCGCGCCCGGACGACCCCUUGUUCGGGAUUUCCCAAGUCACUGGUGCAGGUAUUAUUCCUCCCCGGAAACCAGACAGCAACCUGCUUCUCAAGGUUGCGGGGCGCAGCGUGGCGGUCUUCAUCGCUGCGGCGUUGGAGCAUCUUGCUAUCGGGAAGGCGUUCGGCCGCCGCCAUGGAUAUGUUAUCGAGCAGGACCAGGAACUCAACUAUAUCGGGCUAAUUAACCUCUUUGGGAGCUUUUUCUCCUGUAUGCCUGUUACUGGUGGAUUCUCACGUACUGCUGUCAACUCCGAGUCUGGCGUGAAGAGCCCUUUGAGUGGUUUGGCCACUACAGCCUGCGUGCUUGUCAGUAUCUAUAAGCUGACGGAUGCGUUCUACUGGAUCCCCUCGGCGACUCUCUCGGCGAUUAUAGUUGUUGCGGUCUGGCAGAUUAUUGUCCCUUUCCAGGUCUUCUGGCAUUAUUGGAAGACGUCUUUUGCCGACUUUGUCGGGAGCAUGGUUGCAUUCUGGGUGACGCUGUUUGUGGAUGUUGAGAUCGGUAUCGCUGCGGCUGUCGGUUACAGCUUGGUCUAUAUAUUGCUCCACCUGGCUUUUACGCAAGUGACCAUGGUGACAAAAGAAAACUUGUCGGAACUAUACCCUUCCUGUUCAUCAUCAUCAUCACCCAACCCCAGCACAGCCUUGACAUUGCUCGAGGACACAAUGGUCUUCAUGCUCCGGGACUCCAUUCUAUACCCAAACGCUGCGCGCACCGCUCGCCAGAUCACGGACUAUAUCUACUCCUACAGUUCCGGGGCGCAUGAGAAGCCAUCAACUACAAUGGAUGGACCUCAGCACAAUACCCAGGGAAAAUCUGCCGAUAGACUUUGGAACGACACCAAACUGCGACACAUCCGCAACCUGCGGAAAGAGGCCGGCACCAGUAACAGCGAGGAGAGCUUCCUACCCAUUGUUCGAACGGUUAUUAUUGACAUGACUCGCGUCACACACGUAGAUACCACAGGUAUGCAGGCUCUAGCGGAUAUCCGGUCCGCGUUAAAGGAUUGGGCAUGCGCCGAUGCCGAGCUUACGUUUGUCGGUCUGAAUGAUCGAGUUAAAGAGAGGUUUCAGCGGGCGGAAAGCUGCUUUGACGCGUCUUCGAGUGAAGGCGAGGCAAGGGAUGGGGGUUAUAUCGUGUUUGAUGCUCUUCAGACAGCAUUAUAUAGUCCUCAUUCGGAGAACGUGAAGGAGUCGCAGAACGAAUAG